GGCAGCGGUUGUCAACAUCCUGUGUCCACUCAGCGCGUCGGUCACGGUUUUCACUCCGAGAUAAGCAUCAUCUUUUACUUAUACAUCUCACUUCCGUGUUUGCUGCUCACGGAGACUUCGUACUUUCUUCAAAUUCACGCAUUAUAAAGUGUCGCCAUCAACAUGGCUAUGGUCAAGAGUGGCUGGCUCCAUAGACAGAGUACUAUACUGCGUAGAUGGAAGAGGAACUGGUUUGACUUGUGGGCUGACGGACGUCUUGUGUUUUAUAAUGACCAACAACGGCGUGACAUGGAGGAUGACAUUCACAUGAGGGUUGACUGUAUCAAUAUACGCAGUUCUGCUGCAUGCCAAGACCUGAACCCACCAGAGGGGAAGAUGCGUGAUGCCUUGCUCCAGAUAGUGUGCAGAGAUGGACGGGUCAUCAGCCUGUGUGCAGACAGUGCAGAUGAUGCUUUGGCAUGGACCAUGGCACUUCAGGAUGCCAGAAUUAAUACGAUUGUUGCUACUCCUCAGAUUGGCUUUGCACAGGAAGCGAUGGCAUCUGCUCCUCCCCCAUAUUCAGAAUAUGCUCCCUCUCCUCAGGUUUAUUCCCCUGGCCCAUAUGGAGAUUAUGCUGCUCCUCCACCACAUGCUACACAGAUUGUUUACUCUGCUGAUGGGCAGCCCUAUGCCGUUGCUUAUCCUUAUCAAUACCAAGGUGGGUACCUUGCUCCUGCUCCUGGCGUGAACCAUGUUGUUAUUCGGGAGCACCAGCGUGACAACGGAACAGAUGUGGCUUUGGGCAUGCUCACUGGAGCAGCGACUGGCUUGGCACUUGGGUCUCUGUUCUCUGUCUUUUAGUGUCUUUACAGGAACAGUGACUUGAUUAACAUACAUGUAGUAGCACAGUAUUCCCCAUGUUGCAGCACUUGGCUUCUUCUCUGUGCCGUCACAUGAGAUAAUGUGUAAAACGUUUGUCUUGGGCUACUGUUAACCAAUGAAGCAUGAUUGUGAUGGACAGGUGAAUUACUUCCUGUUUGUCCUAAACACUCCUAGCACUUUCUUGUACUCCCCAUGUGGCAAUUUCCAGCAAUGUUUGCUUCAUAUGGAUGUUCUUCUUAACCACAAAAUAAUACAUAUAUUUACUUGUAAUAUUUAAAUGACAAAGUAGAAGCAAAUCCAUUUAUAUUCUCUUCAGGUCGCUGAAGUUUAUUUCACGGAGCACAUGUGUCCUUAAUGUCUGCUCAGUUACCUUAAGAAUUUGUUUGUUUUUUCAGGUUUAUUUUCAUCUGUGUACUGUACUUUUUGUUAUUUUACUCUAUUUUACGUGUGUGUGUUUUGGUUUUGAAUCAGCAGUGUUUCCGCCGAGUCUCAGGUUGUUUGUGGUGUGGUCAGUCUGGAAUGGGAGCGCACACAUAAAGCAAUAAUGAAGCAUUUCAUUCAUUGUAGCAUUUCAAGGUACAGGUUUGGCUAAAUCUGGUUUUGAUUUUGUGCACAGGUGUCAGCACCAUGAAUACAUGUAUGCACCGCGAAACACUGGGAAUUAUAUAAUGUGCAUUGAAGUGACAAGGGAUAUGACUCCUUAACUUAUUACGUGGAUACAUAAUUUAAAAUCUUUAUUUUAUCAUUGGCAGCUCCUGAAUUCUUAUUUAACUGAAGUGUUUUUAAAUUGAUAUUGAUAUUUUGGAUUUCAUUACAGUAGGUGCAGUGCAAUAUGCACACAUGCACAUCAUAUAUCUCAGUAUCUUAAAAUUUAGUUAAAUAAAAAGUAGUUUUUCCAUAAUUUCAAAUGACUUAAAUAUGUUCAUGUUUUUUCAUUGGUCAUAUGAAUUAUGACAGCAAUUAAUUACUUUAAAAUACUUAUUUCUGCUCAGUAGAAAAAAAUUCCAGGCUACUUUUCAGACAUACUGCAUAUCUCUACUGAUGACGCAAACUGAAGAAAUGUACAAGACUCCCUAAUGAUUUGCAUUUUUGCCAAUUUUCAGUUUGUGCAAGCAUUAACAGUGAUGUCAAUUUUCUAUAGCAUAAAGUAAGUGACCUGUUUUAGAUUUCUUUAUCAAAUGUACCAAAUGUACUACUGUAUUAAAUUAUGGUUUAUUCUGCAUAAGAAGUAAAACUAUCUAAUCAUUAACUAAGAUGUAUUUUAACAAUUAAAAUAUUAUUCAAUAAUAAC